UUUAUAUUUUGAUAAAACGGUAAAACAGAAAUGCCUAACCCACUUACAGCAUUUGAUUUCAAACAGUAACGAGAAAUGAGUAAUAAAUUAGUUUAGCAUGUGUAAUUACCACAGGUAAAGGAUUGGUUAAGCUAUUAGAAAAGAAAGGCUACCAAAAAAAUUAAUACCGGAGAGAUUCCAGUUGAGUUUCGCCAGUCGCAACAUUACUUCAAGGAACAUGUAAUAGCUAACAACAGGCUAACUUUCGAGGCAGUGGCAGUUUGAUAGAGAUACGACGUUAAAUCAAGUUCAUGACUACGUUAAUUUUAAUAUUCUUUUGAAAACUAUUCGCUGAAAGUAAUCAUGUCGAAUAACAGUCUCAGAGCUGUAUCGUAUGAUGCUUUGGUCCAUCAAGAUUAUCAAGAUAUCCGCUAUACAGUUAUUACAAAGGCCAAUGAUAAACAGUUUGAAAUAUUUUUACCAUCAUUUACAUUGAUAAUAAUCUUAAUGGUUAUUGGAAUACCUGGUAAUAUAUUAACUUUGCUUGUAUAUACUCGGCGCUUAAAGAAGGCUAUUGCUAGACAAUUUCUUAUAACGAUGGCGAUAUGUGAUUUUCUAACAUGCGCGGUUGUCAUGCCAACAGAACUUGUGAUAAUGACACACUUUUUCGAUUUGGAUUUAAGAUGGUUGUGCAAGUCUUUUCGGUGGUUUGCCUACAGUGUGAAUAAUAUAUCAAGUCUUACACUACUAGCAAUUGCUUUUGAACGUUACAGACUAGUCUGCAAGCCUUGGAAACCAAAAUUCACAGAUACAACAUCAAGGCGCAUGUGUUAUGUGAAUAUUAUAAUAUCGGUUGCUAUUGCGUUACCAAUGUUUUUCGUCUACGGAACACAAACUAUUCCGUUAUUUGCAAUACAGAAUAUUACCGACGGUAACAGAUUUAAUACAUCUGUGGAAGGUCUAGAUGUUCUGAUUGACGGAAAGUCUUGUUUAAUGGAUGAUGCAAUGGAACAAUUAUCAUUUCCAUUUUCUGUCGUGACGUCCGUGCAAUAUAUUUCGUCAAUUAUAGUAAUAUUUCUGGCCCUCAUAGUGCUCUAUAGUCUCGUCAUAAACUCUUUGGCAAAGCGCCGGAAGGAAUCGUUGUGUCAAAAGGAAGGGAAAAUGAGAGAGACGUCGGCAAACCGGAUACAGAAGAUAACAUUUAUGAUGAUCAUUCUUACACUGUUAUUUGAAAUUUGCUACCUUCCAUGUUUAAGUGUCGUCUGCUUACGUCUUAGUAAUCCUGCAUAUUACAACAAACUCUCGACAGCUGGGAAAACAGUUUUUCAAUUGCUGUUAAAGUCCUAUCUUUUAUGUUCAGCUUUGAACCCGUUUGUCUAUUGUUUUUGUAACAACGAAUUUUUAGAAGGGUUGUUUUCUAUUCUAAAGGCAGCGUUUCCUUUCCAUUGUAGGAAUCAAUCGCAAUUAAGCUCCGACAAAACAUGGCUCAGUUCUUUAGGUAGAUGA